AUGAAGAGCAUGCGAGGGUUACUACACACAACCAGUGUCGAAACUACAAAUGAACAAAAGACUACAUUCGCUACCACUUCUGUUGCUGGACACAAAAGAAGUAUAUCAACCGCUGAAGAACACCACUUCAGGGCUUCUACCUCUCGGGCAACUGUUCAGUUUCAGCGAGCCGUCAGUCUCCCCUCUGCCCCUCCUAGAAUUUCUGCGAGUCGCAUUGUUCGUCUCGAUGAGCGAGUCGGGCCCUCUGAGUAUUCUCAGCGGAGGGCUAUUGCUGCGACUCCUACAUCGUCUUGUGAUCCUGAACUCGAAUUAAGCCAUUCUACAUAUAGUCUUCCUCAACAGCUGGUUGAUAAUUUUGCUUCACUUGGCAUAAAACAAAUAUACCCGUGGCAAAAAUCUUGCCUCAAAGGCCCUGGGCUUCUGACAGGAGAAAAGAACCUUGUAUAUUGUGCACCAACUGGCGGUGGCAAAUCUCUUGUGGCUGACGUGCUCAUGCUGAAAAGAAUUCUGGAAGAAAAGGGAACAAAAGCCCUCCUUGUGUUACCAUAUGUUGCUUUGGUUCAAGAGAAAGUUCGUUGGCUUCGUAGUGUGGUACAAGGCUUACACUUCGCCUCUGAAACAACAAUCGAUGACGACAAACGCAUCUGGCGUAGACGAGCUGAUGAAAACACAGUCCGUGUCAUUGGUUUCUUUGGGGGUGGAAAAGUUCGAGCAACUUGGGCUGAUUUUGAUAUUGGCGUGUGCACGUUGGAGAAGGCAAACGCACUCGUGAAUACGGCUAUUGACGACUGUUCGAUCUCCAGGCUCCGCGCGGUCGUGCUUGAUGAGUUACACAUGGUUGAUGAUGAUCAUCGAGGCUAUUUGUUAGAACUCGUGGCGACCAAACUGCUCAGCCUGGAGCAGCGUGUACAAAUCGUGGGCAUGAGUGCCACUCUCCCGAACAUGGAUAUGAUGGCUCGAUGGCUCGAAGGGCAUUGUUACGAAACUCGGUAUCGACCGGUUCCUAUCGAGGAACAUCUCGUGUAUGACGGCAAUAUUUAUCCUGCAGGUUCUACAAGCAGUCUCAUCAAAACAGCUACACAGCUGAACAGUCGGUCUACACAGACACAGGCACAGAUGAGACCCAUCCGGCGAAUCGAACCAUCCACCCACAAGGAGCUUCGCGACCCAGUAUUAAAUGCAGUGGUCACACUUGCUCACGAGACCGCUUUUGCUGGUUUCGGUGCCCUCGUCUUUGCCGGGAGUCGUGGCAUGUGCGAGUCUGACGCACGAUGGAUUAGUCGGGCUAUGCCCCAGCCACAUGAGCUCAAGGCUGACGUUGUUGACAGGAGGAUGGACUUGCUGGGAGAGCUUCGCAGUCUUAACACUGGGGUUGAUCCGGUAUUGGAAGAGACGGUCCUUUAUGGCGUUGCAUUUCAUCAUGCUGGCUUGACGACUGAAGAGAGAGAUCUCAUAGCGGCAGCUUACGAUUCUGGAACACUAUUAGUGUGCGUCGCGACCUGCAGUCUGGCUGCUGGUAUCAACCUGCCAGCAAGACGGGUGAUUUUACACAACUGUCGAAUGGGGCGCGAAUUUGUUGGACCAUCGAUGCUCAGGCAAAUGCGAGGGCGAGCUGGAAGACAGGGGAAAGCAUCUAUCGGUGAAACAUAUCUCUGCAGCCGCGAAAAUGACCUCGAGCAAGUUGUAGAGCUCAUGAAUGCGGAGCUGCCACCUGUCGCCAGCUGUCUUAACACUGAGAAUCGACGUAUCCAACGUGCACUGCUAGAAGUCAUAUCCAUACGCUUAGCUACGAGUCGUGAGUCCAUUAUGGACUACUUCUCAAAGUCUCUGUUGAGCCAUACUCAUAGCGCCAAGUUUGUCAAUGAUUGUAUCACCUCAAGCUUGGAAGAGAUAGAAUCAAUGGGUUUUGUGACCUCCGAUUCCUUGUCCAUGUUCACGGCGACACAACUAGGUAGGGCAAUUGUGGCAUCAGCUAUCGAUCCCGACGAUGGUGUAUUUGUCCAUAACGAACUCGGUCGGGCACUCCAAGCAUUUGUCAUGGAUGGCGAGAUGCACGUCUUAUACACGUUCACACCAGUCCAAGAAUUUGGGGUUAUGGUGAACUGGCAGGUCUUUCGGAAUGAAAUGGAAGGUCUGGACGAGAGUGGUUUACGGGUGCUGAGGCUUCUGGGCAUCAAACCUACCACAAUACUCAAGCUUGCUCAAGGUGCCACACUCCGUGAGACUACGCCAGAGGAGAGGCAGGUGGCUCGAGUACAUCGACGCUUUUAUCUCGCUCUCCAACUGCGGGAUCUGUGUAACGAGAUUCCUAUACACAUAGUGGCACGCAAAUACGACGUGCCUCGUGGAAUGGUUCAGAAUCUUUCGCAGACUUGUCAAGGCUUCGCUGCAGGAAUGAUCAAGUUCUGUGAACAGAUGAGCUGGGGAGUAAUGGCCGCAGCUCUUGAACACUUUUCAGACAGGCUCGUGGCUGGUGCAAGAGCUGACCUAUUAGCCUUGGCAAAGAUUCCCUUCAUCAAGAGCCGAACAGCGCGAGUAUUUUGGGAGAACGGUUUUCGUACCGUGGCAACGAUCGCGAAUGCAGAUCCUACAGAGCUACUUCCUAUAUUGAUGCAGGCUCAACCAAACAAGAUCCGUCUAAAAGGUAAAGACAAUGAGAAAUACGAAGAGAAACUUCUUGUCAAGGCCAAAGUCAUAUCGGAUGCUGCAAGCAAGAUUUGGAAACUCCAAAUGCAGGCAGAGAUGGAGGAGGAGUAG